CUGGGGGCCGGCCCCCGCGGCGGAGCAGGGCGCCCCAGGAUGAAGCUGACCACUCAGGCCUACUGCAAGAUGGUGCUGCACGGAGCCAAGUACCCGCACUGCGCCGUCAACGGGCUGCUGGUGGCCGAAAAGCAGCCGCCCCCGCCCCGCAAGGACCAGCAGCCCCACGGGCAGCCGCAGCCCCACACCCUGUUCGUGGACUGCAUUCCCCUCUUCCACGGCACCCUGGCCCUGGCCCCCAUGCUGGAGGUGGCGCUGACGCUGAUUGAUUCUUGGUGCAAAGAGAAUAGUUACGUGAUAGCUGGAUAUUAUCAGGCUAACGAGCGUGUGAAAGAUGCCAGUCCAAACCAGGUCGCUGAAAAGGUAGCCUCCAGGAUUGCAGAGGGCUUUAGUGACCCAGCACUCAUAAUGGUGGAUAACACUAAAUUUACGAUGGAGUGCACAGAACCUGCCAUUCAUGUGUAUGAGCAUCAUGAAAACAAAUGGAGAUGCAAAGACCCACAUUUUGAUUAUUGUGAAGACUGGUCUGAAGCCCAGAGGAUCACCGUAUCUCUCUUGGACAGCAAAUCCUACGAAACCCUUGUGGAUUUCGAUAAUCACCUAGAUGACAUCCGGAAUGACUGGACAAACCCAGAGAUCAACAAAGCUGUCCUACACCUAUGUUAGGGAGGCUUCCACUGACUGAUUUAUGGGCAUUUCCACUAUGC